CCUCCUCGCCUACCUUCCCUACCGCUCUCUCUCUCUCUCUCUCUCUCUCUCUCUCAACUCCUUUAGUUUCUAGUGUCAUAUCUUGAGCUCUCAAAACUGGUUGAAACACCUUGAUGUCUGUACCACUGGAACAUGACUACAUAGGCUUAGCAGAGACUUAUCCAAUGGAAAGAAGCUCUGAUAGGAUUUCCUCUUCCUCCUCCUCUGCUCACUCAAGCACAGAGGAUGUCAAGACCUCUGCUUUCAACCUCAAGGAGACUGAGCUGAGGCUUGGCUUGCCUGGCUCUCAGUCUCCUGAGAGAAAACCAGGACUUGCUCUUUCCAUUUUUGGCAAAGAUUUGGAGGAUAACAAGCAAAAUGGGUAUCCUCCAAACCCUUCAAAAACCAACCCUGUAUCUGGGGCCAAGAGGGGUUUCUCUGAUGCCAUUGAUGGGUCUUCUGAGAAAUGGGUUUUCCGUAUGAGUAAUGGAUCUGAGGCUGAUAAAGGACCAGCCUUGUUCUCUCCUAAAGGUGACAGUAAUGCUAAAACACAACAGCUAUGUGUGUCUGGACAAACCAAGAAAGAAGUUGCUGCUUCUGUUGUUCCUCAGUCACCAAAGCCAGUUCAAGAGAAGCAGAAGGCAAAGGUCUCUGAGCAUGUUACUCCUCCUGCUGCCAAGGCACAGGUGGUAGGAUGGCCCCCAAUUCGAUCAUUUCGAAAGAACACCAUGGCCUCUAAUUUGGCAAAGAACAAUGAUGAUGCUGAGGGUAAACAAGGGUCUGGGUGUCUUUAUGUGAAGGUUAGCAUGGAUGGUGCUCCAUAUCUAAGGAAGGUUGACCUUAAAAUGUACAACAACUACAUGGAACUCUCUAUGGCUUUGGAGAAGAUGUUCAGCUGCUUCAUAAUUGGGCAGUGCAGUUCUAAUGGAUUUCCAAAAAAGGAUGGCCUGAGUGAGAGUCGGUUGAUGGAUCUUCUCCACGGUUCUGAAUACGUUCUUACUUUUGAAGACAAGGACGAUGAUUGGAUGCUUGUCGGUGAUGUUCCAUGGGGGAUGUUCACCGAGACGUGUAGGAAACUAAGGAUCAUGAAAGGUUCAGAAGCAAUUGGACUUGCUCCAAGGGCUAUGGAGAAGUGCAGGAACCGCAACUAGCACACACCUUAGCAUCUGGAAAUGGCAUUAUUGAAAUGUAUGAAUCGACUUUAAGACUGAAGUUUAAAGUUUAAGUUGGGCGCUUGUUGCAUAUUCCUCCAUAUCUUGCCAAUAUGUAUCGUCGUUUUCGUGUAUUUGAAGCACUGGAUAUUGUCCUACUAGUUAGAAAAAUCUCACUGGAAAGCUCCAGAUGAUGUUGUUUUGGUGUUAUCGGUCAUGUAUCCAUAUAUUCUAACUACUGUGUAAAAGGUAUGCUGCUUGCAAAUCCUUGUUUCAUUUUAUUACGAACAAAUGGUUUGAGGUUUCGUGACUGGUAUGCUGAUGUAUGCGUAAGAUUGAGCCUUUUGUUUCGGACUGUCAGAAGUGAAAAUAAAACAGAGAGCUCCUUGGCU